AUGCCACCCCGCAAAUCGACGAAAAAGCAGACGCGACUCGCCUUUGCGCCCUCAGCAACUCCACCUGCGGGCGAUGCAAGCCCUGAUCAGAGUAAUAGCUACGCUAGACUUAAAUACGACGACCCAAGUCUGGGCUCAUAUCGUUCCCCGAAGCUUCGCAAAAGCAAAACGGAGACAUCACCCGCGAAGAAACGUUCGAAGGUUCCCUCAGUGCCACCAGAUAACCUCGAAGAGGUAGAUGAUCUUCCGGACCCGAAGGAAUUGUAUUUGAAGAAACCGCGGCGAUCAUCACGGUCCUCAAAAAAGGAUAUUGAGAACACAAAUGCAUUGGAUCCGAAGGUGGAUCCACCGCGCAAAACAUUGAAACGAAAGGCCGCAAGCUCGCCGAUUGUCUCUAGCGAUUCGGAUGAACCGAUAGCCUCUUCAGCUGUCAAGCGAAGCAGGCCUACCCCCGGUGGCGAUUCCUCCAGCACACCCGUAGUACUCAGUGAUGACGAUGACGAUGACGAUGAUGAUGAGGCAGUGGCUCCUUCGACUGCUAGGAGGCGCAGGGCUGCAAGAUCAGCAGCAGUCCUUAAUAACGAUGACGACGAUGAUGACUCGGAGGGUCCGUUGCCUUCCUCGCCUAUAAAAAGGCUCCGACGUGGACAGGAGAAAGAAGCUCCCCAAACUCCGCAUACGCCACGUCAAAUAUCUCAACAAGCCAGACUCGAUAUCGAGGAGGAUUUGGAGGACCUCCAGGACUCAGUCGUCAAGAAAAGUCGCACUCGCGGCCGACUUGCCGAAUCUGCCCGAGACAGAAGAAUGAAGCACCUAGAAGCCCUGCGGCGCCGACGAGCCGGCUUAAAAGAGGAAGACCAAGCGGAAGAGGAAGAUGAAGAGGAAGAAGAAGACGAAAGCGAAUACGACUCCGACGUGCAGGAGAUCGCGCAACCGAAUGCUAAACCCAAUACCCCAAGUUUCUGGCACAAUCGCAACGAAGACAGCGACGUAGAAUCAGCCGUCGAUCCCAACGAAGACCUCGAUCGCUACGAGGAUGACUUCGUCCUCGAAGACGAAACGAACGACCUCGGCGUUCCAACAGAAGAAAUCCCCUUCGAGUUCACCCGCCACGCAUACAAACAGCCAAAAGAAUACUUCCGCGACGUCAUCGGGUGGAUGGUCCAGAACAAGCUGAAUCCCGCCUUCCCCCGCUCCGACGCCAUGUACGAAAUGGCAUUCAUGAAACUAGAAGACGAAGUCAAAGGUCGCGCCGGCUCCCAGCUAAUCUCCUCUGUCUGGACGCCCGCCUUCAUCUACGCCCUCCAGGCCAGACCACAUAUGGAUAUCUAUCCCUUCACGACGGAAGAGGAUAUUCCAUGCGCUGCAUGCAGACGCUCUAAACACCCGGCUUCUAGUGAUAUGAGGCUGCGCGGGAAGGCGUAUUCGCUGCAGACUCUGGAGCCGUUGGAAGAUGAGAAUGACAGUGACGAUAGCGAUAGCGACGGCGAUCAAAACAAGGAAUCAGCUGGCAAUGUCGAUGGAGAAGACCGUGAUCGGGAUGGUCAUGUUCUUCCGCCAGAGAAUUACAUGUUUUUCUUGGGGAGCCAAUGCAAGGCGCGAGCAGCACUCGCUCACACGCUCACGCACUGGCGCUAUCAUCUCAACGAAUGGGUCAUUGAUUACCUUGAGCGAACGGGACAUAUGGAUGACGAUGAGAUCCUGCGCCGGAAUAAUCUGAGCAUCAAGCGGAGGACGAGGAAUGCUAAUGAUGUUCUGGAUAGUAUGACUGCUGCUGGGGAGGUUGAUAGGCUUUGGCGGGACUUUCAUAUCAAUCUUAAGUCUGCAAGAGAGAAAGAGGUAUGUUUUAUUUACUUUGCUGUUUAUAUGGUUUGGGCUAUGCUAAUAGUCUGUCGGUUUUAG